UAUCAGAGAAGCAACAUUUUAGCACCCAAAGACUCCAAUGACUGCUGAAUGGGCAAACCCAGGGCCAACCUCUUACUCAGGUCUUUAACCUAAAUGACAACGUCACUGCCCCGAUAGUUGGGAAUGAUAACCCUAAAGGUGUGAGGAGCUGAACAGAGAUUCCUGAGAGCUAGAACACCGACUAAAUAAAUAACCCCAGGCUGUUUUUCAUAAGAACAUGGAAUUCCAAACAAAUACAAAGUUUUGAAGUCAACAAAUAGACCUUGCGACGAACUUGAUUGAAAUCCAUAGCCAAGGAGGCCUGUUUUCAUUGGCGAUUAAGCUCCAGUGUCUGACGAUUAACAGUCCAUAAAAUGAGCAAGGGGUUUAAAGUUUUACGCCAUUCAGUUUUCUUUUGGUGUACAUGAUACCCGUCAGUCUCAGCGGUCGGCCACAGAAACUCGACCUCUCGAAUGUGAUUUCUGAAUCAGAGUUAACAGGAUUUAAAGUAUGCAGACGCCGAUUUAAAAUUUAAGGGACAUUCCGGGAAAAAUGACGUUGAGGAUUUUAGCGAUACUCUUACUGACUCUGGAGGGCAUAAGUGCUGAGAGUGGUCAAGUGGCACCAGACAAUGCAUCGAAUCGAACCGGGGGCCCGAUGGAGUUGAGCUGGGGCCCGCUGCAGCCGUUUGUCCUGACCAUGUAUCAAGAGAGUACGUUUUCUGUGGAGUACACUUUAUAUUGUAAUCACAGCAGUGACCGGUACAGGGUGGAGAUCUCCAGUAAACGUCACGUGGUCUUUACCGUCCGGCAGGACGCCAUUGUCCUCUACUGCUCCAACGCCACGGACAUUUUGAUGAACGUAACCGACACCGGUCCACAGGUUAUUCCAAUCCCAGUGACGUCAUCUACACCCUCUCCUCGCUAUCACGUCAUACAGAGGAAGGGUCUCCGCGGAAAAUUGACCUUGGCUCUUUAUGGUGAACUCAUAGGGCGGGCGUUGUUGGACGUCAAACUGCAAAAGGUCGGGAACUCCCUCCAAAACGAGACUACGGCUGAUCGUCACGUGUUCAAUGUGGUAGUGUUUAGAAAACUUGGGGUGUUCGAUACGGUUUUCCGGGUACUUAUUUACAUUUUCAUAGUGUUUGUGACCUUGGCCUUUGGAUGUAAACUUGACAUUGAUGUUGUGAAGGAGAACUUACGACGUCCUGUUGCCCCCGCCAUAGGUCUGUGCUGUCAGUACAUACUGAUGCCCAUGAUCGCAUUUGCUAUCGCAAAAUUAGUUGUUCCAAACGAUCCCGCUGUGGCUCUUGGAAUAUUUAUUUCCGGAGUAUGUCCAGGAGGCGGAGUCAGCAACAUUUACUCACAUCUAUUGGAUGGAGACCUGUCACUCUCGAUUACCAUGACAACCAUUAGUACCAUUGCUGCUCUAGGAAUGAUGCCUCUGUGGAUCUACACGCUGGGUAAAGUGUUCACUGACGAGCUGGGCGGGGCCACCAAGAUGGAUAUCCCCUUCCUGAACAUCUUCACCGCCCUCAUCAUCCUGAUCGUGCCGCUACUGGUGGGCGUGGCCAUCAAGUACAAGCUCCCGCGCCUGACCAAAGUCCUGAUGAAGAUCAUCACCCCCGUCACUCUCUUCGUCAUCAUCAUCCUCAUCUCCGUGGGCAUCUACACCAAUCUCUUUAUCUUCAAGUUCUUUGAACCCAAGGUGAUUCUGGCCGGGUCCCUGCUGCCGUACUGUGGUUAUAUACUCUCCGGUAUCAUCAGUCUGAUUCUACGACAAUCUUGGACCAAGGUCAAAACUAUCAUUAUAGAGACUGGCAUUCAAAACCAGGGCGUCGCUAUUUUGCUCAUGUUCACUGCCUUCCCGCCCCCUGACGGCGAGAUAGCAGCCGUGGCACCCAUUGCUUCCGGGGUCAUGACCCCUCUACCUCUGUUUGUGCUCACCAUUAUCUACCAAAUUUACAAACGUUGUAACAAAGAUAAAUACGCAAGCGUACCGGAAAAGGAUGCGACGAAACGUGGCGAUGUGGACAUGGAGGUUAAAAAUGGCAGCACUAAAAUUAUUGUCAAUGGAAAUAAAGAAGAGAAGGAAAUGUUACAAGACGGCUGAUUGUUGUGUUGUUGUGGGACGGUGCUAAGUUUCCAAAUAUGCAAUAUGAUAUAUAGUUUAUUAUAUUGGUGACCUGUAAUAUGUAAACAAUGUGAUCAAUGACUUUUAUACAACCCUCCAAUAUAUAAAUAUCCAAUGUAUGGAUGUAAGCAAAACUGUAUUUAAUGUCUCACAGUCAUUGAUUACGGUAACGAACGAUGGAAGUUAUUAUUAUUUUUUUUAAAUGGAUGGUAUAGAGUAAAAAAAAAAUGAAGACACAAAUUAAAAAAUGUGAUAGUAAUAGGCCACAAACUGCCUUCCCACACACAUAGAUAUUUAAAACAUAUCAUGUAAACUUGUUAACUUUAAAUAAUAAUAUGCUAAUUUUUCUGAUGAAUAUGAUGUUUUGGAUGAAUUCAUUCACCUGACUCCUGAUACAAUUUAAAUACAAAAUUCUGAAAACUUUGGUCUGUUGGUCAGUGUUGAAAAACAUUAUAUUUGAAAGAAAAAUGAUCUUCUAUAACCAUGUAAACUGAUUAGAUAUUGGUAUAUAGGGCAUUUAUAUGUUUGUAUAACUCUUGUUCAAUAUUUUGUUCGAUAUGUAUACUAAUAGACUACAGUUUUAUAGUGAUUUAUGUAAACACAUUAUUUUGUUAUAAAAAUUGUUUUUUAUUCAGAAAUGUCAAUAUAAAUUUUUAAAUUC